AUGCACAUUACCAACGAUGGUAGCCUUGAUGAAGAAAUUAAGUGCAGAAACAACCAGGGAAGACAAGCAAUUAGACAACUCAACAGUAUUUUAUGGGAUAACGCCGUGUCAAAAGAAAACAAACACAAAAUAUAUAACAGCAUAGUUAAAAGUAUUAUUAGUUAUGGUAGUGAAGUAUGGCCUUUGAAGGAAAGAAACCUUAAGUUACUCGAAGCUACAGAAAUGGACGUUUGGAGGCGCGCGGCCGGAAAAUCGAAACUGAAGAGAGUUAGAAAUGAAAGAAUUCAGAACAUCAUGGGCGUUAAACACAGAAUAUCAGAAGAUAUCAAAAUUAACCAACUCAGGUGGUACGGGUACGUGCAAAGAAUGGAAGAGAGCAGAAUCCCGAAAAAGGUACUCAAUUGGACACCACAAGGCAGACGAAAGAGAGGGAGACCUAGACGGAGUUGGAAAGAAGGAAUAGACGGGGACAUCAGAACAAGAGGAAUAGACGAAAACCUGAGACCAAGAGACCAAUGGAGACUGGAAAUUCAGAAGACGGCGAAGAACGUUGUAAACUGA